CGGUAGAACAGGGCAGUGCUGGUGGACGCGUCGUUCAAAUAUCAGCAGCCUGACGACAGCCUGCUUUGUCCAGAAUGGGGGUGAAAGAUCGCCCUCAGUGCUACUUUGAUGUGGAAAUCAACAGAGAGCCAGUUGGACGCAUUGUCUUUCAACUGUUCUCCGAUAUUUGUCCCAAGACAAGCAAAAAUUUCCUUUGUCUAUGUACUGGUGAAAAGGGCACUGGUAAAACUACAGGGAAAAAAUUGUGCUAUAAAGGUUCUGUAUUCCAUCGAGUAGUUAAGAACUUCAUGAUUCAAGGGGGAGAUUUCACUGAAGGCAAUGGAAGAGGAGGAGAGUCCAUAUACGGUGGCUACUUUGAAGAUGAGAACUUUAUUCUCAAACACGACAGAGCCUUUCUUUUGUCGAUGGCCAACCGAGGCAAGGACACUAACGGCUCCCAGUUUUUCAUAACUACGAAGACAGCACCACAUCUGGAUGGAGUUCACGUGGUCUUCGGGUUGGUCAUCUCCGGGUUUGAAGUAAUAAAAAAAAUCGAGGGGCUGAAGACCGACACUGCCAGCAGACCCUACGCUGACGUCAGAGUGAUUGACUGCGGACAAUUGAUUACAAAAUCGGCUAAUGAUGUACUUGAAGGUAGGAAGAGGAAAGCUUUCUAUUCUGAAGAUGACUCUCGGAGUUCUUCAGAGUCACGGUACUCCUCCGUGGAGUCUGGAGAAGAAUCUGAUGAACGGUAUUCACGGCGAAAUAAGAAGAGCUCUGUCAAGAGCAAGCAUUCAAAGAGGAGAAGGAAAGAAGUCGGGAGGAAAGAGAGACGGCGCGAGAAAUCUGUUGAUGAAGGGAGCCCUUCUGAGCGAGAGAUGGUAGAGGAAGAGGCUGGACACAAAGAAUAUAAUGUAAAGAGGGAGAAGCCUAUGGUGCGCCCAGAGGAGAUCCCUCCUGUGCCAGAGAACCGCUUCCUGCUCCGCCGGGACAUGCCAGCGCAGGAAGAGACGACAAAUGUUGCUGUACAGGACACCGCUAAAGUGCCAAAUGACACCAAGCCAGCUGUUACAAAAUCUGGUCGGAAACUCAAAGGUCGUGGCACAAUGAGAUACCAUACCCCGACUCGGUCAAUAUCCCGAUCUGAAUCUGAGGAGGAGAGAGGGAGCAGUGAGACUCCUCCACACUGGAAAGAGGAGAUGCAGAGAACAAAAACUUAUCAGCCUCCCAGUGUAGAGAAAUGGAGCAAAGGAGAAAGAUGGGAUGACAGAAGUGGCACCCCUUGGUCAAGGUCACGGUCCCGAGAAUACUCUUCAGACCAGGCUUCUGAUAACUCUAGUCAGCAUCACCAUCACAGGAGAGAAAAAAAAGCCAAACGUAAGAAGAAAGCAAAGAAACGGAAACAUUCAAAGAAGCAUAAGAAAAACAAAUUCAAAGAGGCCUCUCUUUCAGAGGGAGAGAUGUCGGGGUCAUCUGGCAGAAGGUCAAAAGUCUCCAACCAUCCUGACAGGAGAUCUUAUUCAUGCUCUCGCUCCCCUUCUACUUCACGCCACUCUCGCAGGUCAUAUAGAUCAAGGUCAAACAGGAGACGCUCCUCAUCCUUUUCGUCUAGAGACUCAAGAACUUACUCUAGGUCAAGAGACGGAUCCUAUUCCAGAAGUCACUCUAGAUCCAAGAGUAGGUUUAGAUCCUACUCCAGGUCAAGGUCAGGAAGUCGGACAGGACGUUCUAUUACACGAUCUAGGUCUGAUUCCCGUUCCAGAUCUAGAUACAGGACAAGGUCCCGAACCAGAUCUAGGUCCAGGUAUAGGUCACAGUCCCCAUAUUACAGAAAAAGGAAUGCAUCAAAGCAUCCUGAGGGCAGUACACAGAAGGUUAAGAAUCCAUUACCCACUGCUGCACAAGCUGUAGAACCCAAAGCUCUUCCAUCUGCAUCUGCUGAGAGUGUCCCAGUGCUGCCUUUAAGUGACAGCCCACCACCUUCUCGAUGGAAACCAGGACAAAAGCCUUGGAAACCAUCUUAUGUUCGCAUCCAAGAGAUAAAGGCAAAAAAAGAUUCACCCUCCCAGGCCCUUAUGAGCCGGACUUCAGGUAUGCCACUGGAGAGGGAACCGCUAUUGAAUGUUCAGAGUCAGUUUGAGAAAUCUACAUCUCAUAAGGGCCUCAGUAGUAGCAGCCAGUACAGUGGAAAAGCCAAACAACCUGAAGGUCUCCUUCGAAGAGGAUCAUCCAGGAGUCGGUCCUCCAGCCAUUCAAGGAGUAGAAGUCACUCGAGUUAUCAAUCUGUGUCACCUGGUCAGUACAGCAGGUCUUCUUCAUCUUCCUCUUCUAGCAGAUCCGACUCUUAUUGUUCAUAUAGAAGAACAUCUUCAGAAAGAAGAGAGAAAUGCCAUAGUUCUCACAGGAGGGACCAUAAGAGAACCAAGAAUGUGAUGCAUAGCCCUGUCAAAGAAGAUGCAUCUCCCUCCCAUUCAGACGGUGGAACUGAUGGCACACACUGUCCCAUUCAGAGACAUGGUAGUUCAGGGGCACAGGAAGAUGCACUUAUGCCAGAUGUUCACAUUAAGACAGAAAACGAACUCAAACCAAACAAUGCCUCAGCAGUGGCUUCCGCCAACUGUAAAUCUGGAUCUGGUUGGGAAAGUGACAACGAACACUUGAGCAAGCUGGCUUCUGCUGAUGAGAGUAAACCAUCUCAGAGUUCUGUUAAAGAGGAGAGUGGACUUUCUGAAAAGAUGAAGAUGUGGGCUCAUUGCUGGGACUCUGAAAGUGAGUCUGACAUGCCAAACAAUGUGGGUAGUCAAAAUAAACCUUCAUCAGAAAAGGAAGAGGGGGAAGCCAGUUCAGAAUCUGAAAGUGAAGAACCUUUUGGGCUCCCCAAGGUUUCAGAAGAAUUCAAAAACAAUGAGGAACAUUCUGAUGAUAAUAUAAAAACCGAAAAGCCCAAAAACAAGAAAGCUAAGCGCAAACACAAGCACAAGAGGAGAAAUUCUGACCGGUCUGGCUCACAAAGAGGGAAAACAAAAACAAAAAGGUCUAAGAAGAAACACCAAAAACCAAAGGAGACAUUUCACUGGCAGCCUCCACUUGAGUUUGGUGAUGAAGGGGAGGAGGAUGAUUCACUUGCUCAGGGCAAAAAUAUUGACCCUGCACAGCACAUUGCUAACAAUGAAGAACUUAUAGAGCUGGCAAAGAGCAAGCAACUGAAAUCUCAAUAUGUUGAAAGCAAGGACUAUUCCAAGAUGAUUCAUGAUUCAUCAAAAGAAAGCUGCUCAACUGCAGAGAUGGCUAAAAGUGACGAGUUUGCAAACUUGACAAAAAGCCAGCAAUUAAAACUAAAUAUUGAGGCAGCAAAAAGUCCAGCACAAAACAAACAUCCACAAAUUGCUUCCAGUCAGUCAAGUGUUAAUGCAACACAUGCCCAAGAGCAAACAAAAGAUCAAGAUGAUAUGGAAAUCUGUACCCCAGAGCACAGUGCAGACACCAACACAGAACCAUCUGAACCUAUUGUAGUCGACACGUCAGCAAGAAAAGAUAUUGUUAAAAACGGUAAUCAACUUCAGCUACCUCAGACAGAUAAAAAGACCUCUGGUUCAAGUCCUGUUUUAACUCCUGCCAACCAAGCUGGAGAAACCACAUCUGGCAGCAUUGGGCAACCAGUCGAUCCCAAAUGGAAACCUUUAAAGGGUAUGGCUGUCGUACCAGCGGUCACUGCAGCACCUCUAGCCAUGAAAAUGGCCAUGCCACAAGAGCAAGGGGAGGGCAAGACUCAGGGCCUCAAGAUUGAGAUCAAAAGCAAAAACCGAGUUCGACCAGGAUCCCUGUUCGACGAGGUACGGAAGACAGCUCGGCUAAACCAGCGUCCCAGAAAUCAAGACAGUUCCAGUGAAGAGGGUUCACCUGUUGCCACAGGAGAGCAGACUGGAUCCCAGAAGCACUCACGGAGCAAGUCCCGCUCGGUAUCCAGCUCCAGGCCUCGACGUAGAGACAGGUCUCGGUCAUACACCCACUCCAGGAGCAGGUCCAGGAGCUCCAGCUAUUCUUCCAGGAGUUACAGUAGAAGUAGAAGCAGACGGAGAUACAGUAGAGAACGUUCCAGAUCUCGAAGUAGUAGCUACCAUAGCUAUCGUAGUCAUACAUACAGUCGAAGUCGUUCCAGAAGUUGGUCCAGAGGACGCCGUAGAUCAAGAUCAUACACUUAUGACAGCUACUCAAGCCGUAGCCGCAGUCGUAGCAGAAGGUGGCGACACAGGCGAAGUGAAAGCUCUGAUCGCAGAUCCAGAUCAUAUCAUUCCUACAGCCGCAGCUCAUCAAGGCACGGAAGUCAUAGCAGUCGAUAUAGCUGAGAGAACUUUCGGGAGAUUUUUUGUUUGUUUGUUUGUUUGUUUGUUUGUUUGUUUGUUUGUUUGUUUGUUUCAUUGGUUACGGAACCUAAACCAGAGCCUCACUGAUCUUCCUUUGUUUUCCAUAAAGAUUGUUCAGGUAAUAUGAGCCACUUUGACCUGUAUAUACAUAUCUGUGGCACUGUUCAAUUAUAUACUGUUGUUUGUGUGGGCGGGUGGGUUUUUUUUGUUUUGUUUUCUUCUUCUCCUUUCAAAACUAGGACAUAUGAAUGUACGAGAACAAUUUUAUGCUGCCCUGUUUUUGUUUUCUUUGUAAUCUGUAUUAAUCUCUAACAAGAGCAUCAUGCCUAUUCAGGUUUGAUGUAAACACAUUCAUCAGUGACAAAACCUCAGAUACAGUAAACUGAGUUUUAAGGUAUUUUUGAAUCCAAAUUUUUUUCUUUCUUUGUUUUCAUAAGUGAAAAAAAAAAGUUGCAGGUGUCCAUUUUGCUGGAGGGGAAAUCGGGAUGGGUUCAGCCAGUCAAAACAACAAAACCUAAAAAAAAAAACCCACCUAUUAUUUAAUAUUUACGGAAUAAAGCAUUGUAGGGUGUGCUGUUAUAAGAAAAUCUUCAACUCUUACCACCUUAACGCUGAUUAUUUUUCUGUUUCACAGUCAUCGUGUUUCAGUUCUCUUGUACUAGAUCAGUUUGCCAAUGAUUACAGUUUAUUUAUUAAACAACAUAUUUCAUAUACUUGUUUAUAGUGACGUUACUGUUGUAGAACAUCAGUGAAAGAAGUUGGUUCCUGCGAUCAUUUUUAUAGCAGCUUGAACAGUCAUUCCCUCACCAGCAUGUCUCAAAAGAUUAUAUUCAUCACUUGAAACCUCAAACUACAAACUCAUCCUUCCUGAAGACUUUCUUGCGCCGGAAAGCCUGAAGUUGUAGCUUUACUUCUGACUGUUACAGUCCUAAAUGUCUCCUCAGUGAAAACGUCACUAGAUCAGUGAUUUACAUGUUUUGUUUUGGGUUGGGUUUUUUUUUUGUUUUUUUUAAUAUUUCUAUGGCACGUUUGCUGGACAAGUCCCUGUGUGUGCUGUUUAUUAUAGAAAGCAUAACAUUAAAACAAGCGCAUUUAAUAUAAACCUUGCAGAUGAAACUAUUGUCAAAGCUGACAUUGUUAUACUAAAAGGAGUGUGUUUUUAAUCUACUGCCUUUUUCAACCUUUUUACAGAAAUUUUGUCUGAUAAGAAUCAUGAGAUUGCCGUCUAUCUAUAAUACUCCAUCAAAUUUGUCCAAAUUUAAAAACAAUAGUCUUUUUAUUUCUGUUCUAUUUAGAAGGCAACGUGAUCUCAGUGCAAACAGUAACAUAAAAUACACUACCGUUCAAAAGUUUGGGGUCACCCAGACAAUUUUGUGUUUUCCAUGAAAAGUCACACUUUUAUUUCCCACCAUAAGUUGUAAAAUGAAUAGAAAAUAUAGUCAAGACAUUUUUCUGGCCAUUUUGAGCAUUUAAUCGACCCCACAAAUGUGAUGCUCCAGAAACUCAAUCUGCUCAAAGGAAGGUCAGUUUUAUAGCUUCUCUAAAGAGCUCAACUGUUUUCAGCUGUGCUAACAUGAUUGUACAAGGGUUUUCUAAUCAUCCAUUAGCCUUCUGAGGCAAUGAGCAAACACAUUGUACCAUUAGAACACUGGAGUGAGAGUUGCUGGAAAUGGGCCUCUAUACACCUAUGGAGAUAUUGCACCAAAAACCAGACAUUUGCAGCUAGAAUAGUCAUUUACCACAUUAGCAAUGUAUAGAGUGCAUUUCUGAUUAGUUUAAAGUGAUCUUCAUUGAAAAGAACAGUGCUUUUCUUUCAAAAAUAAGGACAUUUCAAAGCGACCCCAAACUUUUGAACGGUAGUGUACAGCUGACUUGGGGAGCAUCUCCAAAAGUAGGAAAGUGUCCACAGUUUAAAUAAAAUAUAUACUGUGUGUAUUCAAUUAUCAGCAAAUAGCUCAUCUUUGUUCAGUGACUCCUGCUUUUUUUUCUUUUCUUUUUUUAUUAAAAAAAUAAUAAACCUCA